AUGACAGGCUUCUUUUCGUUUCUAUCUACCAAAUCCACUCACAAGGCUUUUGCCAGCUUGGGGCUAUGACAUAAGACUAUGGCCCAAGGUUCCACACUAUGGAACUGGACCCAGGACCAUGUAGUUCAGAAGCAAACUUCUUACCAGACAGUCAUUCAUGCACAAUGUUUAAUGUUCCCCAGUUUGUUGUUUAACAACAAAGAUAAGGUUUGUUUCUAGUAAUUUGUCAGUAAACCAAAUACUUAAUAAUUACACAUUUCUUCUUUAUUUUUGAGGAUUUUUCUUUCUUUUUUUUUUUAUAUUUCUUUGUCUGGCAUUCACUUUUACACAAUUGCUCUUAUUUCAAAAUCUGACAUUGUCUAAUAUUUCAGUUUGUUCUUGUCACUCUCCUGGAGUUAAACCUGGCGGUGAGAAAUGUGACCUGAAUUCCUUAGAGAUAUGUCCCUGUCGGGAAGGAUAUACUGGUUUGUUUUGUCAUCAAUGUAAGCACUUUUUCUAUGAAAAAGAUGGCUAUUGCCUGUCCUGCCCUUGCAAUUCAAGGUCGAGUUUCUUUUGUACCCUAGUGGGAGAAGUAGCUACUUGCUACUGUAAGAAGGGUUAUAAUGGUAAAAAUUGUGACGUUUGUGACAAUGGCUACUUUUCGUAUUAUGACAUGUGUGCCAAGUGCAUUUGCAAUGGCAAUGUUGACCUGAACUCCCCUGAGAUUUGCAAUCCCCGCACUGGUGCAUGUAUGCAUUGCCGUCAUAAUACAACUGGUUUCGCUUGUGAUGACUGCCUUCCUGGUUAUGUUGGUGACCCAAUUCUACAUAAGAAUUGCACAUAUGAAGGAUUUGGUAGAACAAAGACAUCUGUGGAAUCUCAGAAACUGAGUGGCACGGUGAUUUUUGUUAUUGUUCUUGUCUGUUUCCUGUUAAUUUUCCUUUCUGUCUUUUUAUACUACCAUCGUAUUUGUACCAAAGUCAAACGACUCAACAGAAAUCAACAGAAAGAUGACCAAGCUAGCAUCAGAUUUAGUGACAUGAAUAACCAAGAAUUUGAUGAUGGUAAUAACAUUGCUUGUUCUAGUGGAUUCCGUAUACCAGGCCAACAAAGAGACAUGCAGUAUUCUCCACUGAAAGAGUGUUUGUGACAGAUAUAUUUAAUACGAACAAUUAACUACUUUUAUACUCUCCAAUAUCUGUAUUGUUGUAUUUCUCCACGUACAUAUGUAUACACUUACAUACAUACAUAUCUGUGUAUAUGCAUACAUACAUGUAUGCAUGUGUAAAGAAAAAAUUUACUCAUGUCCAUUGUUAAUCAGUGGACAAGUAAUAUUCUACAAGACUUUUGAAAAGUUCAGUAUCUGAACUUAACAAUGUCACUCUCACGUACUCUCUCUCUCUCACCACACACACACACACACACACACAUGCGCGUGCGCAGGCAUUGCUGCUUGCUAUUGCCUACCCUCCAAGAAUCGAGUUUUAGAAAAUAAUCCUUAACCGUUUAAUUGAUUAAGGAUUAACUAAUUCCAUAUAUAUAUAUACACAUAUAUAAAUGGUUUUUGUUACGUAUCUCAUUGAUCCUUUCAAGCUUUAUUGAUCAGUCUACAGAGGCUGAAUCUGCUGAUUUAUACCUUCAAAGACAUACUCUCAUAUCUGUCCCCAGCCCUUAUUCUUUUUAAUCCCACAUUUCUCUCUCAACCAAUUCUAUUGCUCACCUGAACAGGUGGUAAUGAGUUCUUGUCUCAGUUUGUUUUUAUUACUAAUUUUAUAUUAUCGUCCUCAUUGUUUUAGCAUGCACUUGUGCCAUGUUUGCAAGGGUCAGGCAGAAUUCAUUGAGUCAGAUUUUUCUGCAACUAGACGCUGUUCCUGUUGCCAAACCUCAUUUAUUUUCAAGAAUGGUAUUAUUUCCAGAUAUGUUUCUCACAGAUGACUUCGUGCGGGUGACACGUAAAAGCACCCACUACACUCUCUGAGUGGUUGGCUUUAGGAAGGGCAUCCAGCUGUAGAAACACUGCCAAAUCAGAUUGGAGCCUGGUGUAGCCAUCUGGUUUCACCAGUCCUCAGUCAAAUCGUCCAACCCAUGCUAGCAUGGAAAGCGGACGUUAAACGACGACGACAAUACGUA